UUAGCUGUGGUCUCAAUUAAAGAAACGCUGUACGGGUGUACUUUUGCUCCAUCAGCUUGAGGCAUAGCAAAAGGCAGACAAUGUUUUGCAAUGUCCCUGCCGGUCAACACAGCGACGGCAGCUGAACCAUUUUCGUCACCGGUGAACGAGGAAAAAUCAAAGCACCAACAACCAAUCACGUUGAUUUUACCCACCAGCGGUAAAUUGUUCUACGAAAAGAAGCAAGAGCUUCAACUCUGCAAACCGAGACUACUCCCGUUGAAAUCGUUUAGCUUGGAAAAGUUGGAAAGGAUUCACCAAGAAGCGCAGUGUCAGCUGCAAAAAACGCGAGCCUGUACCGCGGCCAACAAAAGCAACAACGAGUUUUAA